CGCCGUGGUCCUCGCCGUACUCAGGUUGUUGAUUGAUCUUUCAGAGGGAUCAGUAGAUGGUUACUAGAAUUCAGAAAUGAGUUUGAUGAUUUCGCGACUGAGGCAGCAUUUGCCUGCUGUACUCUUCAAACAAUCUGUUCGAUCCAAUGUGGCUGACUCCUAUUUUGUUAACUCAACUAUUUUUACUCGACACUUCUCUCAGCAAGUAGAGAUUAACCAGAGAAAGCUUCCAGCAGAUUAUGAUCCUGUGACUUUUGAUCCUACUGAGCAUCGUAGUCCUCCAUCAGAAAGGGUAUGGAGGCUCGUUGAUGAAGUAUCAGGACUUACCCUGGUCGAAGUUACAGAAGUGUCUUCGAUUAUUAUGAAGAGGUUCUGCAUGAUAGAGCAACCAACGGUUGGAGUUAUGAAGGUAGGGGCUGCUGGAUUGGCAGCAGCUAUGAAGGGACCAGAAGCAGCUAAGGAGGAAAAGAAACCGGAGAAAACUGUUUUUGAACUUAAACUGGAGACAUACGAGUCAGCUCAAAAGAUAAAGAUAAUCAAAGAGGUCCGCAGUUCUACUGAUUUGGGACUCAAGGAAGCGAAGGACUUAGUUGAGAAGACUCCUGCUAUUUUCAAGAAGAGAGUAUCAAAGGAAGAAGCGGAACAAAUAAUUGACAAGAUGAAAGCCGUUGGAGCAAAAGUUGUUAUGGAAUAA